AUGUUGGGAGCACAGGGCAUGGCAGGACCGCUGCGGGGCAGGGUGGAGGAACUGAAGCGGCCCUGGUGGCGGGAGAGCUCCCCGCUGGUGCUGCAGCACAGCGAGGCGGCCCGGCUGGCGGCCGACGCCCUCCUGGAGUGGGGCGAGGCUGCCUACCUGCGGGUCAUCUCCGAGGAGCAGGAACUGCCCUUCCUGAGCUCCCUGGAUGUGGACUACAUGACCAGUCGUGUGCGCGGGGGUCCGGAGCUGGGGGAGGCCCACGGACUGGAGGCCUCAGGCCCUGACCGCCUCAGCCUGCUCUCAGAAGUCACCUCGGGCACUUACUUCCCCAUGGCCUCUGACAUCGACCCCCCAGACCUGGACUUGGGCUGGCCUGAGAUUCCGCAGGCCACGGGCUUCAGCCCCACCCACGCCGUGGUCCACUUUCAGCGGGACAAGACCAAGAACAUCAAAGACCUUCUGCGCUUCCUCUUCAGCCAGGCCCGCACGGUGGUGGCUGUGGUGAUGGACAUAUUCACAGACAUGGAGCUCCUGUGUGACCUCAUGGAGGCCUCCGGUCGGCGUGGUGUCCCUGUCUACCUGCUCCUGGCCCAGGAGCACCUGAGCCACUUUCUGGAGAUGUGCUAUAAGAUGGACCUCAACGGGGGACACCUGCCGAACAUGCGUGUUCGGAGCACGUGUGGGGACACGUACUGCAGCAAGGCGGGCCGCCGCUUCACGGGGCAGGCCCUGGAGAAGUUUGUCAUCAUCGACUGUGAGCAGGUGGUGGCGGGCAGCUACAGCUUCACCUGGCUCUGCAGCCAGGCCCACACCAGCAUGGUGCUGCAGCUGAGGGGCCGCAUCGUGGAGGACUUCGACCGGGAGUUCCGCUGUCUGUACGCCGAGUCCCGGCCUGUGGAGGGCUUCUGCGGCGGCGAGGACCCCAGGGCACCCCGCCCUCCUCUGAUGGCCCUGGCCCUCGGGCCCAGCAUCCCGAGCCGCAGGUCCUCAUCGCCCUCCAGCACCAGCCUCAGCAGCAUCAAGCAUUCCCCUCUCAUGGGCCGCUCCUCCUACCUCGCUCUGCCAGGAGGCGGUGGCUGCAGUGACGCGGGAAUGGGGUCCUCAUCCCCAGGCCCCACGUGUCGCAAAGCCAGUGGCCAGUCCUCCCUACAACGCCAGCUGUCAGAUCCUAACCAUGUCUCACCCCCCGGGCCCUACAGGGCCAACCUGGGCAAGAUGGGGGCGUCCCCGUGGUCCCAGUCCUCCCCUGCCCUCAACCACACUAGCACCAGCCCCUUGACCCUGGCAGUGGGGUCCCCUCUGCUUACUCGCCCACGCUCCCUCCUCCCCUUCUCCCGAGGUGCCCCAGCCCUGUCUAGGCUCCCAGAGAAUGAGCUUCCAGGAAGCCAGGAGCCUUGCCCCCCACGAGGCCGCUGGGUACCUGGCUCAGUCCUGGAGACGGUGGAGGAGAAGAAGUCUCUGAGUCAGAGCCAUGGCCAGCUGGAUCUCAUCCCCUUUCCCAGAGCUCGAGAAGCAAGACGCCCUGAUUCUGGUGUUACCUCCAACUCAGACUCCCUGUGGCCUGGUGAGCAGGCCCAAAAGGACAGGAGGUUAUCCCCAAACCAGAGAUACAACCAGCUGGAUCUCCUGCCCCAGGCCCAAGGUGCUGGGGGUACCCCUGCGUCAGGCUCCCCCAGACCUGGCAAUGGGAACCCAGAGGAUAAGAGGCUGCCUCCAAACCACAGCCAUGGCCAACUGGACCUCCUGGCACAGUACCCUAAGACUGGGGGCUCCAGAGUGCCCCCUGAAGCCAACUCCUCAGCCAGGGCUGGCAAGCAGGGUCGAGAUGAGCGACGGCAGACCCUGGGCCACAGCCAGCUGGACCUCAUCACAAAGUUUGGCCCAUUCCGGGGUGAGGGGCCUGGGCCCAAUAGUCUCCCUAGACCGAGCCCUGCUCGCAAGCCUGGAGUGGGCUCUGCGGAUGAGAAGCGGCUGACUCUGGGCCACAGCAAGCUGGACCUCAUCACCAAGUAUCAUCAACUGCAGGGUGCCAGGCAGGGGCCUGAGCAUGGCCUCCCUGGGAGAACCAAAGGGGACCACUGCAAUGGCAGUAGCAAUGGCACAUUUGGGGAUGAGAAACGGCUGACCCUGGGCCACAGCAAACUGGACCUCAUUACUAAGUUAAACAAGUCCAAGUUCAAGCUGCUCCGAAGCCGCUUUGAGUCAUAG